GUAGACGUCAGAGCAAAGAAGGAAGUUUCAGACUACUCACUAAACUGAAAUCUAUACAGGAUCACGAAUGAAAGUAAAAGAAGAAAAAGGAAUCCACCCAAUGAAAUACGUUGAGACGUUCUUCCUGUUUGAUGUGUGGGAAAUAAAACAUGGCUGAACCCAGUAAAGUUUCGACUUAAGCAAUUUGCAAUAGUUGGCAGUUUAAAAACAUGGCGGGCUCUAGAAAACAAAUGCGACUGAAGUGUGUGGAAGACGUCAACAAAAUCAAAGACUUCCCCGAAGCACUGAUGAUAAUGAGGGAUCUGGGCAUCUCCGGAGCAGGGCUGAAGAACUUGGAUGAAGCGAAAAAGAACAUUGCUAGUUGGUACAAUGCACACGGGGACAACGCUAAGUCUACCUAUGUAAAAAAGGACCAGGACGCCCUCAAUGAGGCCCUGAACGAGGAUAAAAGGAACAGAGCCUCCUUACUGAAGGUUUUCGAACAGGCAGAAGCCAACUUUAAGGAACUUCCUGAGAAAUUCGUUCACGAUCUGGACCAAGUCUUCCCAGGAUUCCAAGCUGAUCUCAAACGGAAGUCCCAAGAGCUACAGAAGAGUGACUGUGCCAUCCUCUUUGCAGGUGAGACGGGUUCAGGUAAGAGCAGUCUGGUGAAUCUGUUGUCAGGGGCGAACCUCCUGCCUACAGCUGGUCUCCAGUGCACUGCGACCAUGUGCGAACUGAGGAAGUCCCCCAAGAAAUACGCCGUCAUUCACUCCCGACAGCGCAAGAAGUCCACGCCGAAGAUUCUCGACUGCGGCAGCAACGAGGGCGAGUUUAUCAAGAAGCUCCACCAGUACAUCACGUUUAUUGACGAGGAGACCGAGGAGAGCCCGUAUGACAGAGUGGAAAUCUUCUGGCCUUUUCCUAGUUUGGAGGAAUGCGUUGUGUUUGUAGACAGCCCCGGCGUAGGUCAGAGCCAACACGUGUUCAAGCAGAUAGAAAAAUACAUGACCAAAGCAUUCGGCUUCAUCUACGUCAUCAACCCUGGCAGCAUUCACAAGGACAGGCUCGGCUACCUUCUUCGCAUGGCGGUACAGCAAAGCGACUUCGAUCCAUCGACUACGAUCUUCGUGAACAACAAGUGGGACCAGGUGCCCCCUAGGGAGCAGGAAGACGUCUUUAAAUACACCCUGGAGAAGCUGAACGGCUGCAUCCCUGGAACCCAACCCUCGCAGAUAUACCCGCUCUCCACCAAAGAGGCCGUGAAAACUAUCGAUUUUGGCGGUAUUACGAAGGAGCAUGUGGAGUUGGUGAAAGGAAUCAGAGGAGUUCUGCCCAUCACCUUCCACUCGAAACUCUGCACAUACUACAGGUGGAUGGCGUCCAUUCUAAAACGGUUGCUGUGUUCGUUGAAGAUCUCGCGCACGCUGUCGGCGAAGAGCAAGGAGGAGAAGGAGAAGACGUUCCAGCACAUCCAGUCUCAGAUCGGGACCCUGGAGGAGAAGGCGGAAUACCGGAUCUUCACGAUGCGCAACGACCUGAAGCACGCCAUCGAGGACAUCGUGUCGACCAUCCUGAAGAUGAUCCAGCAGCCCGACUACAAGAGGCGGCUGAUGGCCUGGGACUCCUCCAUGUGUCCAGCUCCAGACAGCACCAAGAAGGUCUUGAACGACGCCAGCUCCAAGCUCACCGAGCGGCUCGCCCACGUCGUCGACAUCUGGGAGCACGACAACGACGUCGUGUCCGGCGUCAAAUCGAGGGUGCUGAAGACCUUCAACAAGGAGCUGGAGCUGUUCGAGGAUCAGAUUAAGAAGAUUGAAGGGGUACUAUUUGGAGAUGACGGCAAAGCACUUCUCGACCUGCACAAGUCCAUGAGGCGGCGGACAACGGUCAAGCCAGCCUUGGCGAAGGGAAAGAAGAAGGACGGUAAGGACGACGGCUUGCUCAGCAUGGGCAACGCCGUGGCCGCUGCUGCCUCGCUGGACGUGAAGAACAGCAAAUACAAGACCAUGUUCAAGUCGUACGACAAGUCCAACGCGCCGUCAAUGAUGAUGGCGGCCAUGGAUCUCUUCCUCAAGGAUUUGAACAGAGACGCCAUGGCAGACAAGCUGAACAAAUUCUUCGAGAGGUUUUCCAAAAAUAUUGACCAGGUGAGCAAAAUAAUCCCAGAGUUCCUCAAAGCUGACCGAAAAUUGAUGCAGGCGAUCAACCAAGACCUGCGCGAUGACGAAAGCAUGCUGAAGGACCUCUACCCUGCGCUGAUCACCCGAAUAGAUUCUCUCCAGGGUCGUUUGGAUAUCGUGUUCGCCAAGCAGCUCAUGAGAUUCGAAUUCAACUACUCCGAGUUCAAGUACGACACGAAGAACCCAGUGGGAGUGGGCAGUUUUGCGUCGGUGUUUGUGUCCGAUAUCCAGACGCAAGGAGAAAGUAUUCCAGUCGCUCUGAAGAUCUGCCGGGAACCUCUGCGCGAGUCGAACGUCAACGAUGUUCUGCUGGAGGACAGAAUGCUUAGAGACUUGCGACAUAAGAAUUUCAUCCGAUACUACGGGGCAUCACACCACACAGUUGGAUCGGACAUGCGAUGGAUCAUGGUUUUGGAAUUCUGUCCUUCGACUCUAAAACAGAGAUUUGUUGGCGAAGACGUGAAGAGUCCGGCAAAGCAAGGACAGUUUGUCUCGCUGCAGCUUGACUCGAUGAAGAAAGUGGCCUCGUUUGCCGAACAGGUGUGCUGUGGUCUGCAGUACCUACACAACAAAGGCCUCGUUCAUCGAGACAUGAAGUUAGAAAAUAUUUUGCUUACAGGCGAUGACGUCGUCAAACUCACUGACGUAGGUCUAGCGAAGAGGGCGAUAGAUAUCGCGGGGACCCUGGCGGGAACCCCCGUGUACAUGGCGCCGGAGAUCCUGCUUCAGAAAGGAAGGUACGACUUCAAGGCCGACAUCUACAGCAUGGCCGUCAUCCUGUGGGAGAUGUGGUACGGGAUGGACGCCGCCGACCACAUCCAGGGGCAGCUGUUCGGGACAUUCGAGAGCGCCAUCAGCACUGGCUUGAGACCCUCUCUGACCAUGAACGACAAGCCGCCAGCCGAUUGGGUGAAUUUUAUCAAGGUGUCGUGGAGCCUCGACCCCAAUGAUCGACCCGACGUUGACCAGAUGUUGACCUUCUUCCGCACGUUCCUCAAACAGACGUCGAAGUAACAACCAUUGUAACCGAAACAACUGUUUUACGCAUUAGGCCUAAGAUAUGUUGCUAUUAAAGUCGCAGAACCUUGUUUGAGCAUUUUACAAACCUGUAACACAUUUGGAUAAAGUUAAAAUAGACUGAAACAAAAGCUGUGCCGUUGAAACGGUAAAAUAAUAUUUAAAAAUAGACUCCAGAUCGUCUCUAUAACCGUUAUUUCUCAGAGGAACGUGCACUUAAAACUAUGAAAUAUUUAUUUUGUGGUGUUAAAAAAAACAGGAUAACCAGAAACACUUCGGAUGUACGGCAAUAUAAGCUAAACAAUAAAAUCUAAAAACGGAUCUAAUAGUGAAAAAGUACAUAGUAGUGUUUACAAACUAGGGUCUCCCACUUUAAAAAAACUGUAACAGAAUCGUGUUCACGAGAACCAACGCGCGCUACCAAUUUGUCUGAUACUACCGUUCCAUACUGAUGUGUGGCUUUGAUAUGUUUUCUUGGUACUGGUUAUCAACGUCCGUGGUAUGUGCUGUCCUGUCUGUGGGAUGGUACAUAUAAAAUGCCCCUUGCUACUAGUGGAACAAAUGUAGCGGGUUUCCUCUCUAAGACUAUAUAUCAAAAAUACCAAAUGUUUGACAUCCAAUAGCCGAUGAUUAAUAAAUUACUGUGCUCUAGUGAUGUAGUUAAACAAUACAAACGUAACCUUUUCAUAGUCGUCGGAAGCGGGGUGACUACUGACGAUAAUGCAUCCCCCCAGUACGCCCCCACCCCACCCCCGCACUCCGUUCCCGUUAAAAAGGCAAAUGAAUACAUUGCUGGCUUCUACAUUAUUAAUUCUUUGGGCUACUUGAAAUCACUCGAGUUAACGUUUAUUUUUGUUUAACGACACCAUUAGAGUACAUCGAUUUGUUAACCAUCGGCUACAGGAAGAAAGGACAUGGUUUAUUUAACGACACACUCAACACAUUUUAUUUACGAUUAUAUGGCGUCGGGCACAGAUAUUGAGGGAGGAAACCCGCUGUCGCCACUUCAUGGGCUACUCUUUUCGAUUAG